AAGAUCCUGCACAUCCCUUGCUUGGUCCAAACUUUUGGGGCCUCCGAAAGUUAGGGAUGUGUCUAUCCGAUAGGAAAAGUGUUCGAGCAAUUUAUUCCAUUGUUUUAUGGUUAUCCAUUAUGUUUGUUAUAACUGAAUACAUUGAGCUCUAUUGCAUCAGAUCAAACUUGACGGCAGCUCUUAAAAAUUUAUCUAACACCACCCUUACCCACGUCACUGUUAUCAAAGUUAUUACCUUUAUAAUAUGGCAGAAAGAUUGGAUGAGCGUUAUGAAUCAUGUAUCGACUUUAGAAUUAUGUCAACUGAAUGAAAAAAAUGAAGACACUAUAAAUAUUAUUCGAAAAUAUACGAAGUAUUCGAGAAACCUGUCGUAUUGUUAUUGGGCCUUAGUUCUUAUUUCAGUGUUAAUAUUCGGUUUUGGGCCGCUGGCACAUUAUUUCUUCUUGGUAUAUAUGAAUGAAUGGGAUACUCCAUUCCCGGAAAUUGUUAGUUCCUGGGUCCCUUUUGAUAAAACCAGUGAUCCUGGACGCUGGGUCCUAACUGUCACACAAAUUAUGAUGGCCUUCUAUAACGGAGCCACUCUUGGGAUAUAUGAUUCUAAUGUAUUUGUAUUGAUGACAUUUUUUUCUGCACAAUUUGAAAUUUUGCGGUUAAAUUGCGAAAGAAUUUUCGACAGCGGCCACGAGGGAAUUACUUAUAGUGAAACUGUUCAGAGAAUACAAAAAUGUCACUAUCACCAUGUCUAUCUAGUAAAGAAUUUUAAAGUUUUGAACUCUGUUAUAUCGCCUGUGAUGUUCUUUUAUGUGAUAAUUUGCUCCAUCAUGAUGUGCUCCAGCUUGGUGCAAUUAACUGGGGAAGGUGCGACAACUAUAGAUAAAAUUUGGAUAUCAGAGUAUCUUAUAGCACAGGUUUUUCAACUAUUUUUGUACUGUUGGCACAGUCAUAACGUUUUGGUUACGAGUGUUAAGGUGGAUAACGCCGUAUAUUCAAGUGGUUGGUGGUCACAAGACCUGAGUAUGCGCCGUAAUGUUUUACUACUUGGUGGACAGUUAAAUAAAAGUAUCGUAUUCACCGCUGGGCCAUUUGCUAAUCUCAGUAUUGUAACAUUCGUUGCUAUUAUAAAAGCUGCCUACAGUUAUUAUACACUUUUAAACAGUUUAGAUUAAUUGACAAUGGAAAGCAAAAUGUUGAAUAAGAAAUAUUUAUAUGUAUGGUUGUACAACAUUUUGUCAAUUAAAUUACAUUCGUAAUUGAGAGGCCCACAAAAAACUAACAAUAUAGAAGUGUUUUGAAGAAACAAUAUGAAAAUCAUAUCCUUUAUUUUUGUAAAGCAAUUAUUGAAUAGAUACUAAAGAACAAGUAACACAAAAUUUAUACUUCCUGAUUUAUUCAUCUUAUAGCAAAAUUUUAAAUCCCUUAAACUUUUUGAGAGACGUCGAAAAAGAAACAAUUUUGUGGUACCUUUUAUCAAAUCAGAAGAUAAUGAGUGAUCUUAAUGUAUAAACACGUA